GCCGAAGUCGGCACGACACGGACCUGCCGCGGCCCCCUUCGCGCCGCCCCCUUUGUGCGCACUGCCAGCCAGCGCGGUUUGCAGGCCGACCGGGAUGGGCCUGGUCCAGGCGCUGCCGCCGCUGGCCGCCGGGGCGCCUCCAGGCAUAGACGCUGCCGUGGCCACCUGCCUCGGGCUGCUCGACGCCCCUGGCCUCGCGGCGGGGGGCCGGCGUGGGGCCGCGCGGGUCCUGUGCGAGGGCGCCCCGCGAGCGGGCAGCAUGCCAGCCUUCCUGGGGAGCCUCAGGGGCGCGCUGGGGGCCGCCAGCUCUGGCGACGUCGCCCACCUGCCGCUGGGCGAGCUGAUCUGGGAGCUGCCCGAGCACGGCCCCGCGGGCGGCCGCACGCUGCGGCGCCUGCUCGCCGGCUUCGUCGAAAGUGCGCUCGCCGCGUCGUCGUCGAGCCGCCUCCUGGUCCUGUGGGCCCUGGACGGGCCGUUCCCGGGCAGUGCCAGCGCUUGGCUGCGGGACGCGUGCGGCCCGCUGAGGUCGCUCCCCGCCUCGUGCGCCCUCCUAGGGCUGUGCGCUUCCCGCGCCAGGGUGCCCGCUGCGCUUCGUGAGCUGUUCGAUGGGGGAGAUCGUGCGGCGCCCGAGGCCUCGCAGGACCUCGGCCUGGGCCCCCCCCCCGCCGCCGCGGCCGCCGUGGCGGGCGACGAGGGAGAGCGGGGCUCGCCGCCCGUGGUCAUCGGCGCCGGCGCUGCCCUCGGCGAUCUGCGUGCGAACGUGCUGAACUACUACCAGCAUCCAGGUGUCUUCAAGGCCAUGGGCGUCGCGUGGCCGCCGCGCGUGCUGCUGCACGGCCCGCCCGGGUCUGGCAAGACCCUCGUGCUGCAGUGGCUCUGUGCCCAGGUGCCGGCGCGCGUGCGAUCGACCUGGCUGCGCCCCGGGGAGGUGUGGUCCAGGUACUUGGGGGAGAGCGAGGAGCGCUUGAGGGCCGCCUUCGCCGCCGCGGCGGAGGGGGCGGCCGCCGCCGGGGCGCUCCUGCUCCUGGAGGGCAUCGACGAGCUGGUCCCCGGCCCAUCCGUGCCACGGCGCCGCCGCGCAAGACGCCUUCCGCGACCGCCUCGCGGCCACCCUGCUGGUCUGCCUCGACGGCAUCGACGCCCCCGGCGGGGCGGCUGGGGGCCCCGGGCUCGGCGUGGUGGCCACCUCGCGCGCGGCCGCAGAGGCCCUGGAUCCGCGCAUCACUCGGCCGGGCCGCAUGGACCAUUGGAUCCCCCUCGGGCACCUGGAGGAGCAGGAGCGGCUCCUGCUGCUGAGACACUUCGUGGCCGCGGCGGCCCCGGGCGGCGCGGGCGCGGCCGGCGACCUGCACCCAGACCCGGGCCCGGGGGAGCGGGGCGCGCUGGCGGCGCUCACCGCGGGGUGCAGCGCCGGGGAGCUGCGGCUGGCCGCCACCAGGGCGUGGGCCGACCUGCCAGCCGGAAGCAGGCCGCGGCGCUGGCGGUGCCGUCCAGCGACGAGGAGGGCCUGUGAUCGGGGCUGGCGGCGCGCGCCCGCGCGCCGCGCCCUGCAUCAGUCUGGCGCCGC